GUUUCCUGAAACGGCAAAGAAGAGAGACACGGCCAUCGUCGCAGCCAACACUCAGCACUCUACUCGCUCGCCUGCCUGUGGUCGAUGUCAUAGUCCCCAGGCAUGAUCCUUGCGGACGAAGACGAUGCCCAGAGGAUAAAGGACCCCCCAGUUGCUUGCCCCACCAUCCGCUGUCCUGAGCGCGCGGCAGGUCGUCGUCCUUUCAGCCCCCUCCCCGACUACGAAACUUCGCAGGCCCUUACUUACAACAACCUCAACGACUCCCUAUCAACCCUCCAUAAACCUCCUCAAAGGCGUCGGUUCCUAAGCUGGAGAUCUACGCUGGUUGCACUAGUCGUCUACAUACUUCUCACCCUCGUCAUCGGCGUUCCAAUCAUUCUCAAGGAGACCAAAUCCUCCAACGGUGACAAAUACCCAUACAAUUCCCUCGCCUACGCCGCUCCUUGGCCAGACAAAAGCUCCGGCUCGUACUAUACUCCCAAUAUCAAUAACAUCUCUAGCCCUACCCAACUGGGUUUGGAUCCAGUAUGCAACAAUUGGACUGGUGUCGCGGUUCUCGAUAGCGGGCCUACGAUGCAAGCAUGGACGGAGAACAUCGUUUCGUCUAAUGGACAGUUUAGUCUCACUUCGAAUGCCUCGUACGCGAGAGAUUUUGGCAUUGUGUUUGGCGAUCUCUACGUCGGCGUAAAUCCAGACCAAUCGGUCCAAAAUACGACCCUGUCGAUCAAGAUGCAGACAUCGAACAGCAGCGUUUUCGACAGGACUUUUACUUGCUUCUCGCUAACCGAAAACACCACCGAUCUCUCUCUCUACGUUCCUAACGAUCUCACCUCUUCUGACAAUAUUCUAUACAAUAUUACCCUACUUUUCCCGCAGUCUCAGGUCCCUUCUCAGGUCAACACCUUUGGCUCUUUUCUACCUCUGUUUGACCAGCAUUUUGGCUCGUUUUCCGAUUUCGUGAGCUUCGAAAUGGUUUCUUUAGAGGGUCCUACCUCCAAGAUCGCUAUAGACUCUCUGUCAGCGCGCAGGGUGUUUAUAGAGACGUCCAUGCAACCGAUUGUUGGCGACUUUUAUGUCACGAACUCCCUGGUGUUAAGCACGGUAUUGGCGCCCAUCGAGGCUAACAUCACACUGUUCAACGAUCCAGAUUCGAAUUACCCCACUUUCCUGGCCAUCGACACGGGUAAUAGCAAUCUCACUACCAUGCUAACACUUUCGGCCCCCAAUAAAAUGCCGCCUCUGAGACCAAAUUUUAUUGCCAGCAUGCGCACAUUUUAUGGGACCCUGAAUUCGACCAUAGUACAUGAUCCUUCGUCCCCCCCUACGUCCAUCAUCAUCCAUGCGGAAAAUGGUCUUGGUCCAUCCAGUGUAACCCUCGAUGAGAAGUUCCAAGGUAUCUUUCAGGUCACCACCAAGCAGGCAAGAGCUUCGGUCACCCAAGGAGACGCCCAGUCGACGGAUCCGUGGGAGCCGAACCUACAGCGGAGCAUGAUGACUUCUAUCAAUUCCACUGCGCGGAUGGACGGGUGGAUAGGGUGGGGAGACCAGCCUCAGAAUUGGGGCUCAUCGCAACAGGGGGAAGUCGUGGUUGAUACUUCCCUUGCGGACGUGAAUCUCUAUUUCCUGGGCUGAUAGACGUACUCCACGGGCUUCGUAAGUGCUGGCGGUUGAAUGGGGACUUCGUAGGGCCGAUCAAUAUCAGCUGAUUAAACCCGCUGAUUUUCAACGUCUUGACGUUUUCCCGCCUCUCCUUCGGCUUGAAUUAUUCCGCUCGCUCUUAUUUCAUGUGUAAUAUAAGUACUAUUAUCGCACUCGUUGUAACGAGGACUUAUUUCCCAACUACGAGUGACGAUGAUGCAGUCCGACGCGGCAAUGUUGCAAACCGACUACUUGCGCUAACGCGAAAGCAUAAGAUAAUAUUAAGGCGAGUCGACAACGCUAUCUCCGAC